AUGAAUAACGCAAGAGAGAAUCAAAAUAAAACUCUUGCCUCAGAUCUUGAUGUCAAUCACGUGUUUGACCUUGUGCUUGUGGAUAUGGUUGCUUCUUUCGAGUCCGAGAGGCUUGUCUGUGUUAAGAGGAACAUGUAUGAAGCUGGAUCUUCUUACAAAUACGUCUGUGUCAGUUACCGUUGGGGCGAGUACACUGAACAAAUUGUCCUCACGCCGGAUUACAAUGCGCAUGUGACUAGUUUUGCCAUUGCAGACUUGAUUACCUUGUGUGGACAAAUACUACUUUGGAAUCAUCAAGAAUAUGAAAAAGAACCCGAUGAUGAUGAUGAUGAUAUAGUAGAUAAUAAUACGGAUAGAUAUUUAUGGGUGGAUGCUAUCUCAGUGGAUCAAAUGAAUCACGCAAACAAAAAAUCGACCACUCAUCGUAUGACUGAAAUUUACAACAGAGCUGAACUGAUUAUUGCUGUUCCUGAUUUGCACAUUGGUUAUCUCAUGGAGACUCCGAACAAUCAUGAAUUUAUCUCUACGCUGUCCAGGCACGCAAAAAAGAUAUAUCAUCAUAUCACAUUGCAAUGUACGAAUAAAAAAGGUGAUGAUGAAGAGGACGUCAAAAGUGAUCAAGUUGGUCAAGAAAACCUUGACGUUCAGAAACCAGAAAAAUAUCAACAUGCAAAGGGAGGUCGAGGCUCACGGAAACACAGAAAAUUUAGACAAUUUGUCAAAGAUACUAUACGCCAAUUACGCUUAUUAGGUGGCGCAGAUGGCACACAAAAGAAGAAUGAUGCUGCUCAGACCAAUCUGGAUGAUGAUGAUGAUGAUUUUACGGUAUCCUCUUGGGAAGACACUAGGCGUACCCAAAGAAGCAACCGUUGCCUUUGUGCUGUGGGGAUGACUCAAACGGAAAAAGAAGACUACAUCCGUGCACUGAGGUACUUGGCACAUGUGGUUAAUGAUUGGGCAAAUCGCGUUUGGGUAAUGAAUGAAUGCAGCAUUGAACGAAGAAGCAAGAUAAAGCUAUGGUUUCUCUCCAUCAGUUACAACGUUGGCUUUGAUGACCGGUCUAUUGAACUCUUGGACUUGUUUAAUGAAAGCAGGCCUACCAGGUUUGAUCAACCUUUGAAAGAAAGAUCUUUUUUGGACAUGAUGUUGAAUUCAAAGGCAGCACGAAAUGAAGAUCGCUUCUAUGCUAUCCUUCCAUUAUUCAAAGCAUUCAAACAUUAUGUUGAUGAUCAUGAUAUCUCCAAUUGGGGCAUCACUGAUCAUCUCUCUGUCCGACCCCAGUUGUUUCGAAUGGUUAAACUUCAAGAAAAGCUUGCCAUCUUGUUGUCUUGCACAAUCGCCGGCUUUUCUUCUGACGUUGUCCUCCCAUCCUUCGUUUCAAAUUAUAAUCAUCUUUUCUUCAAGAUAGCCUGCGAUCUUAGCUAUAGACCUUCAUUGUUGAAUAAUAUUGAAUUACUCAAGGACGAAGAUAUCAAUCGUGAUUAUCUUCGCAUCACUGUACCUUGGUCAAGAACAUUUACAGAUAAAAUCCUUUCUCAUGAUCUCGGUAUCACUCAAGAUGCUUGUGGAAAAUUGGGAUUGAAUACUUCUGAAUUGGUCACCGUCUUCAUGCCUAUCAUCGUUCAUGAUGAAAGAACAAAUCAUACACUUGGUGUCAAGCUAUUAGGAAGUCGAAAAAAAAUAUAUGGAUCAUGCUCAAUCGGAUGAUGGACUUGGUGGAUGUGCCUUCUUCUGAUACUUCUUCCUCACUUGAACAUGAUGUAUCUCAUAGAUCAGGUUCUUUGGAUACGUUGUGGUCAGAUAAACAUGAAUACGAUCAAGUGUUUCAUCUAUAUUAGCUUUCUAUUUUAUAAUAGAUGAUGGCUGGCUAUGAUUUUUAAUUUUUUUUUUAUUCAUUGACUUUUAGAUUUUAUGCCUUAUAUGCCCUUUUUCUU